GGGCCUGGGUAGCGGCGCGGUUUCCCGGGUGACGGCCGCGCGGAAGGGGCAGGGCUAGAGCCCCGGUUCCCACUUCCCGGCUCCUGGGGGCCGUGACAGGGAACCGUGGCCCCCGAGAGUCAGCCAGAAGCGGGGCAGAAGGGACAGCGCCAGAGACCGGCGGCUCCGGACCGGGUAACGCGGCCGGGCCACCUGCUCUCCCGCGGGUGCGAGCCCCUGGCCGCUCGUCGGAGGGCGGCAGCGCGGGUGGGCCAUGCUCCGGGACUCCCCGUCUCUGUGGGAGCUGGUAGAGGAGCACGUUCCGCUCCCGGAGCGGCCCGAAGUGAAGAGGAUUCUGGGGGAGACGACGGUGGACCUGAGCCUGGAGCUACGAGCAGAGCUCUCCUUGCAGGUGGUGAUGCUACAGUCACUGCUCCAAGAGGCUCGAUCCUCCCAAGCCUCAGGCUCCCGCCCCACCUCCGAUCCCUCCUCCCUUCUGGCACCACCGCCCCUCCUAAGAGACCUCAUGCGCCAAGAACUGAGGCAGCUGCUCCUAGGCCUCCGCCAGAAGGCCAUCUGCGAGGGCAGGGACCAGACCCAGGCUUGGGUCCAGUAUAGCCCCAGGGUCCUGCGCUUUGCCUUGGAGGAGCCUAGGUGUGAUUUGCCAGAACAGGAGGUAUUGCAGAUGAGAGCUGGUGAACCCAGCAGCGGUCAGAGGGACCUCAGCAUCAUCAAGGACCAACUGAAUGUGUCCAGUAUCGACCAGGUUGCUGGACACCUGCGUCUGAGUCCAAGCCAGCCACCCCCUCACCAAGAAGGACCUUUCAGGGGAGCUAGUGUUCCCCCCACCCCUAUGGGCUGCCUGAGCCUGUUUGGGGGGCCCUGCCAUGGGGAUCUUGGCCUCUGCACCCUGCCCUGCCCCACCCAUGCUUCAGGCCGGGCACUGAGCCAGCUCUCCCCGCAGCGCUGCCUGGAAGAGGAGUACACAGGGGCACCCCAGCCCUCCGAGGCAAGCCUAGCGCCCACCCUGGCAGAGCUGAAGGAGCAGAAGGCAGCCAUGCGCCGGGAGCUGCAGGCACUUCCCAGGUCCUCCCAUGUCUCCUCCAGCCUCAGGUCAACCCCAGCGGUGGCCCUGCCGGACAGGGUGGCCAGAAGGUCAGGCCGCUGCUCGCUCACUGCUGCUCUUUCCUCUUCAGGCAGCAGCCCGUGGGAUCCUUCAGCCCGGGUCUCAGACCCCGGCCUUGCCCCCUCCGGAAGGCUGGGGUUUGGACAGGGCCUGGCCAGUGCUGCCUGCCUGCCCCGCCUCCGGAGAGCUGCCCCCGCCCCCGACACCUGGCUACCACCUGCCGCUGGGGCCGGAAGCUUCAGGGCAGCCCUGGGGAAAGGCCAGUGUCUACUCCAGCAUCCAGCGCUACACCCCAGGCCCCCACCUGAAGGGCUGAUCAUCAAGUAGGCCUUGGCGUCUGCUGGAACUCACUCCGUCCGCUGCUGCCCACCCCUCAGCUGCUGUGGCCCAGCCUGCUUCAGAUCUAGUCUUGGAUGGGCCCGAGCCAGGACGCAAGGCUCUCCGUCUGUCUGGCCCUUCUUGCCCCACCCCCUCGCUGAGCCCCUGGUGUCUGGUUCUGACCACCAGAGCCUUUGGCCUUUCUUCUCCCGGUCCUCCACAAAGGCCUGGCAGGCAGAGGUCUCAUCUCAGCCCAGACUCUUGUCCCCCUGGGGGACUCAGACAAAGCACAGCAGCAGCUCAGAGACAGGAAUAGAAAUUUCAUUAAAAUCUAUGGACUUUAAAAUCCUAGUGGUGCACGGAU